AUGACGCCUGACCACGGGCUGCGUUCUCUCGCAGCGCUGCGGCGUUGCGCGGGACUGCUGCUGCUGGUGCUGGGACUGCAGCCUGGGAAGACGUGGACGGGGUCACCAGCCGAGGUCCUACCCCGACGAGCGCUGCUUUCUGCAUCAGUCCUGGGCGUGGGACCGUUGUGGACUCUGCGAGCUGCGGUGGCGCAAGAAGGCCCUGAACAACGGGAAGCGCUGUACCGCGGCAAGGUGGUCGGACUCCGUGAAUCUGCGGAGUGGUAUCGUUUCUUCGUGGGAGACAUUGUCAGGAGGGGAGGGGGCGAGAAUGCUCCAGAUGGGCUGAAGAUCACCGACGAUGAAUGCGGCGGUGGAUUGUGCAGUGCUGGGAAGGCCCUCACCGAGCUGCAAAGCCUGGUCAGCGCAGGUGGUCCAAGACAGGGUGGCCUUUCACAAGUGGAGCGUGCGCUGACCACUCCGAUGUUCCUGAUUGUUGGUGCCGAAGUCUGGGAUCCGGAUUCCAAUUAUAUAGAGGAUGCCCGGAAGGUGGCAGGGUCCUUCCAGCAGACCAUGCAGGAACUAGGUACAUCCUUGAAAACCAAGAAGGACGCGGUGGCGGCUGACAAGCUCUACAGGCGGAGCCUCACCGAGCUCAACAAGUUUUUCCAGAUUUGCAAUGAAGCAGGAGGUGCCAAGCAGACCGAUGUGGAAUUCCUUCCACCAUUGCCUUUGAAAGAUGAUGAACUGGAGAGCAGUGAGUACUGGAUUGCAGAGAGGAAAGCCUUUGACGAGCUGAACGAUCCCGUGCGGAUCUUCUCGGAAAGGAAUGCCUUUGGAUCCAGAGAACUGAGAUACAACUUGAAGCGCUUCCCCGGCGCCACGCUGACCAAGCAACUGACGAAGAAUUCCCCGCUGAAAAUGGGUCGCAAUGUGUAUGCCCUUAGCCGUCCCCGCACAUUGGGUUUCUUGGCCAAGACUGAUGGGAUGGGCUUGGUGACCAGCUGGUGUCCUGUAGGCUUGGACCGGUGUAAUGCCAUACGGGCCAUACGGUACCACCGUGCCGUGCAAUUCGCAUUCACAGUGGAAAUGGAACCAGUUCUAGAGGCUGCAGAUCCUGGGCACAGCUCCGCGCUGCCUCGUCGGGCUGAAGCUGACCCCUGCACUGUACUGGGCCUUCCGCCCGGAACCCGGGACGAGGACCAGAUUCGGGGCGCCUUCCGGCGCCUAGCCAAGGUGUAUCACCCAGAUGUCCCUCAGACUGGUGACAUUGGGAAGUUCCAGGAGCUACAACGAGCGGCCCAAAAGCUCAUCACAGGACAAGCCCCGGCUCCUGCCUGGGAUGCCGGCUCUCUGGAGAGCCUCUUUACGCAAACCUCUACCCAUGUCUACGCCUCCCCCGCCCAGAGGCCACCCUCGGUGGCGCACCGGCCGCUGGAGCAAAAGGACUUCGCGGGGACGCGGAAUGGACGGGUGGAUGUGGCUCACUGCACCAGAGUCCGCACACCCAACCUGCGGAAGACGCCGCGACUGGAGAGGAUCACACAUCAAGCCUCGCCUGAGACGCUGGCCCGUGUGCAACGUGUCUUGAUGGAGGCCACUGGCAAUGCGGCGGAGGCCACGAUGCCUUUGGCCAUGGUGGGCUUCAUCUUGGAGGGCCACACACAUAGCAUUGGCGAGCAACGGGUGGCCGAUCUGGCGAUGGCGCUGGAGAAGGAGUUCGGCAUUGAGCUCCUGAGCAUCUUGGCGGGCACCUGGAUCAACUUCCCCAUGCCACGGGAGCUGCAGAGCGUGAAGGACCUGGCAGAUCACAUUGAAAGCAAGAUGGCCUCGGCCUGA